AUGUCUGCUUUGUUCGAUUUGACUCCAGAAGACGCUAAGUUGUUGUUGGCUGCCAACGUUCACUUGGGUUCCAAGAACGUUCAAGUUCACAACAAGCCUUAUGUCUACAAGACCAGAAAGGAUGGUGUUAACAUCAUCAACAUCCACCACACCUGGGAAAAGAUUGUUUUGGCUGCCAGAAUCAUUGCUGCUAUUCCUAACGCUUCUGAUGUUGCUGUCUGUUCCACCAGAACUUUCGGUCAAAGAGCUGUCUUGAAGUUUGCUGCUCACACUGGUGCUACCCCAAUCGCUGGUAGAUUCACCCCAGGUAACUUCACUAACUACAUCACCCGUUCUUUCAAGGAACCAAGAUUGGUUGUUGUUACUGACCCAAGAACUGACUCCCAAGCUAUCAAGGAAUCUUCUUACGUCAACAUCCCAGUCAUUGCUUUGACUGACAUGGACUCUCCUUCCGAAUACGUUGAUGUUGCUAUUCCAUGUAACAACAAGGGUAAGCACUCUAUUGGUUUGAUCUGGUGGUUGUUGUCCAGAGAAGUCUUGAGAUUGAGAGGUAUCAUCCCAGACAGAACCACCGAAUGGUCUGUUAUGCCCGAUUUGUACUUCUACAGAGACCCUGAAGAAAUUGAACAAGCCACUGCUGAAGAAGCUAAGACUGGUGACGAAGAAACCGAAGAAGCUCCAGCUGCUGAAGCUUCUGAAUGGGCCGGUGAAACCGAAGAUGUCGACUGGGCUGACUCUGGUGCUACUCCUGCUGCUGAAGAUGCUGCUGCUUCCAACUGGUAA